CCGGACUGUCACAUGUGACAAUGACAAAAAAUACCACACGCCAAUUCGCCGCAGUACCACUGUCACACUUGUAGUUUUCCGUGAAAUUUUUUGGAACAGGCUAUGUCGUUGGGCAACGCGGGGCGAAUUGCUAUCUGUUGGACUGUUCUGACCGUUGGAGGAGUCUACGCCUUUGUGCUGUCGAAGAAAUCCGUGGAAACUCGUCGUUACGAGAGCAUGCAAGUUCGAGAACGCAUGCGAAAGGCCAACAAGGGAGACUACGAGACAACCGCCACGGACAGGCGAUUCGACUACUAGAUACUACUACUACUACUAGAUACAUCCCACUAACCGAAGCCCAUAACAGCAGCCAUGGCUCUGCCCCAGAUUAGUUCCGCCGACCAGGCCAAGUUGCAGCUCAUGCAGGAGAUGGAG